AUGGAAAGUAAUGUACUGCAAAAUGGCAAAUUCGCUCCUCUCAACCUGGGCGCCCCUAUAACAAAUGAAGGAAUGAAUGUCGGCAAAAGACUCAUAGAAAAACUUACCGUGCCGACAGUGACCGAUCUAGUGUUAGCAAUGACGUUUUUCACCAUUUAUAAGCUAUAUAGUAACAUUAAAAAAAUGAAGAUCCUACAACCGCGAGAAAACAACCAAAUAAUCUACGACGCGUUCGGAGUUUUAGAAGAUAAUCUCACCAUGGAAGAAAAAAUUCAAAGGCAGUUAAACAAAAUAGAAAAUCAUAACAUAAGAGUAAAAAAAUUACAGGAAUGGUUUAAAGAUGUAGAUAAGAGAGUAAAAGCAGAAAGGAGAAAAAUAGAUAUAGCAACAGGAAGAGUCAAAAGUGAUGAUCUGAUAAAAAGAGUAACACAAGCAUCACGAUACGUAAUCAAACCCGAACAAGAAAUAGCGUUAGAAGAUGAGGAAGAAGAAGAAAUAAUAAAAAAUGGAGUUAACAAGAUCGAAAACGGGUUACGCAUAAUAGAAGAAUUGAUACAAAAACUUGAUGACGGAACAGGGAAAAUUCCGAAAGGCAAUUUAGGAUCAUAUAGACAAGAAAUAGAAAUCCCUGUGGAUAAAAUGGAAGAAUUUGAUGAAGGCAUAGAAUUAUUUGAAGAAGGCUUAAAAAUAAUUCAAGAUCGCGCACAGAACAAUGCAGGAGAAAAUGAAAUAGAAGAAAUAACAAUAGAAGUAGAAGAGCAUAGCGAUGAAGAGGAAGAUGGGGAUAAGUCAUCUCCCUAUUUAUAUUCCCGAAAUGCAGUUGUACAGGAACCAGCUUUAGCAUCAGAGUGGGGAGCAUACGAAGGGAAGAUGGCGGAAGUAGAAAAGUGGAUAAACGAAAUAGAUGAAACGAUGAAAAAUGAAGCAAUGAAGAUAAAAGAAGGAGUAGAAGCGGAAGUUAAACCACCCGAAUAUUAUGCACAGGACGCAGGAAAGAUGACAACGGGACAAGUAGAAAACAACACAGUGAAAGAAGAAACACAUGAUAAUGAAUACGAACAAGGACAAACCCUGGAAGAAGAAGUACCAAAUGGUGAACUAACAGAAGAAUGGAAAGUUAAUGAAUGGAAAAAAUGGAUGAACAAUACAAAGAAAGAGUGGGGAAAAUUUACACAAUCCUUUGAACAUUAUAAGCAAAAAUGGCUUAAAAAAAAGGAAAGUCAAUGGGAAGAAUGGCUCACAAAAACUCACUACAAUUGGAUUGCAUUUACGAGCAAAUUGGAAGAAGAUUAUAUAAACGAUAAAACAAACGAUUGGACGAAAUGGGAUGAAAAUCAAUGGAAGGGAAUAAUAGAAAUGGAGUGGAACAGACCUAUGAAAGUAAAGUGGACAAAAUUGGUAGAAAAAAAUGAAGAAAUCUGGGGAGAUAAGUUUCUUAAUUACUGGGAUAAUUGGAAAGAUAAAAAAUGGAACGAAUGGAAAAAUAAAAAUUGGAAAAAAAAAGAAGAGGAAAAGUGGAAUAAUUGCGAAGAAGGUAAGGAUUUAAAUAAUGAUGAAAAUUGGAAGGAAUGGAAUGAAAGAUUGGUAAGAGAAAAACAGGAAUGGGAAAAUUGGGUCAAGGAAAAAGAAAAUUUCCUAAUGGAUGCAGAAGAGACACACUGGAAAAAGUGGAAAGAAUACAAGUGGAAUUACCUUAAUGAAUGGAUGAAGCAAGUGAAAGCGGACUGGUUAAACGCCAAACCAUGGGAAGUCUGGAAGCAGGCAAGAAGCGAUCUCUACGAAUCAAACGGAAACGUUGAAGAUGAUGUGCAGCACAGUGAAGGGGAGUAUUCACUCAGCUCUUAA